AUGGCGGCGGGCGGGCUGCGCUGGGCGUUCGCCUGGCUGUGCCUGGGCUGCGCGGCGGGCGCCGGUGCGGGCCCGCGGGUCCUGGGCUUCCGCCUGGAGGAGGGCGAGGACGGGGCGGCGCCGGUGCGGGCGGCGCCGGGGUCCGCCUUCCGCCUGCGCCUCUUCGGCUCGGGCUUGGCCAACCGCUCGUGGCCCCGGGUGACCUUGGCGCCGGCCGGCUCGGGCUGCGCGGGGGGAGGGGCGGCGCCGCGCCUGCGCGCCGAGGAGCCGCGGCCCCGCGGCGCGCACUCGGCGCUGCUGACGGUGCGCGUGCCCGCGGGCGGGGGCGCGGGCGGGCCCCACGUGCUGUGCAGCCGCGACGGGGCGGGCUGGGCCGAGGCCGCCGACGGGGAGGCGCUGACGGUGGAGGAGCGGGAGCGGGAGCGGGAGCGGGACUGGGACUGGGCGUCGGCGCUGCUGGCGCUGGCGCUGCUGGCGCUGGCGGCGCUGGGCCGGGGGCUGCAGCUGAGCGCGCUGCUCCUGGAGCCCGCCGAGCUGCAGGUGCUGCGGGACGGCGGGACGGAGGCGGAGCGGGCCGCCGCCCUGAGGCUGCAGCCCCUGCGGCGCUGGGGCUGCUGCGCCCGCUGCGCCCUGCUGCUGCUCGUCAGCCUGGCGCAGGCCGCCCUGGCCGUGCUGCUCUACCGUCUGUGCGGCCAGCGCGUCGCCCCCGCCGUGCUGGGCGCCGCCGGCCUGCUCUACCUGCUGGGCGAGGUGCUGCCCGCCGCCGUCAGCGGGCGCUGGGGGCUGGCGCUGGCGCCCCGGGCGCUGGGCCUGGCCCGCCUGGCCCUGCUGCUCACCUUCCCCGUGGCGCUGCCCGUGGGCAAGCUGCUGGAGCUGGCGCUGAGGCCCGGCCGCCUGCGGGAGCGGGUGGUCGAGCUGGCGCGGGGCGCCGACCCCUGCGGCGAGGAGCCGGGCGGCGCCGCCGCGCUGCGCCGCAAGACGGUGGCCGACGUCCUCACCCCGCUGGACGACUGCUUCAUGCUGGACAGCGCGGCCGUGCUGGACUUCGGCGUCCUGUCGGCCGUCAUGCAGAGCGGCUACGCGCGCAUCCCCGUCUACGAGGAGGAGCGCACCAACGUCGUCGACGUCCUCUACCUCAAGGACCUGGCCUUCGUCGACCCCGACGACCGCACGCCCCUCAGCACCAUCGUCCGCUUCUACAACCACCCGCUCCACUUCGUCUUCGACGACACCAAGCUGGACGCCGUGCUCGAGGAGUUCAAACGAGGGAAGUCCCACCUGGCCAUCGUGCAGAAGGUGAACAACGAAGGAGAGGGCGACCCCUUCUACGAAGUCAUGGGCCUGGUGACGCUGGAGGACGUCAUCGAAGAAAUCAUCAAGUCCGAGAUCCUCGACGAGUCAGACGGUUACAGGGAGACCAAGGUGAAAAAGAAGCAGCCCCUGUCUCUCAGCCUGCCCAUGGAGCCCAGGAAGGAGGAGUUCUCCCUGUUCCGGGGUGCCGAAGGCGAGAACAAAGUGAAGAUCUCCCCUCAGCUGCUCCUGGCCACUCAGCGCUUCCUCUCCCGAGAGGUGGACCUGUUCAGCCCACCACGAGUCUCUGAGAAGGUCCUGCUGCACCUGCUCAAGCACCCCAGCGUCAACCAGGAGGUCAAGUUUGACGAGUGCAACCGACUGGCCGCCGGACACUACCUGUACCAGCGCAACCGGCCCGUCAACUACUUCAUUCUCAUCCUGCAGGGCAGGGUCGAGGUGGAGAUCGGGAAGGAGGGGCUGAAGUUUGAGAACGGAGCCUUCACCUACUACGGCGUCUCGGCCCUGACGGCCCCCUCCUCGGUUCACCAGUCCCCGGCGCUGUCCCUGCGGCCCGGCCGCCACGAGCCGCAGGUGGACCCGGUCGAGAGCAGCCCCUGCUCCACGUACUGUCCCGACUACACCGUGCGCGCCCUCUCCGACCUGCAGCUCGUCAAGGUGACGCGGCUGCAGUACCUCAACGCGCUCAUGGCUUCUCGGGCCCAGAACUCGCCCCAGUCCCCGGAGAGCCUGGAUCUCCGGGUGGUUCCGAGCAGCCAGACCCAGCUCCUCGGAAGCCGGGACCAGAAGCUGGGGACCGCCGCUACCCCUACAGGGCCCGCCGGCGGUGGCAACAGUGGCAGGCCGUGCCCCCCAACGGAGGAGAGCCCGGAGCGGAACCCAGGGGUCUAGGGUCCUGGCCCACACCUGGACGGACCAAGCAAGACGACCUUGCGUCUUUCCCUGACCGGCCCCGUUUUAAGGGGCUCGUAGAGACGUUGAGGGGAGCACCCCGGGGUUGGCCGCAGCCCAGGGUGAGGGGCAGCGGGGCAAGCCCCGGCCGGGCAGCCGCCUUCUCUGGGCCCAGGUGGGUCCCUCUGGCGUCGGCGCCGCGGGACUCCGCUUGCCUUGCCGCCGAGGCCCAGCUCUCCUCGUCAUCCACUGUCCCGCGCCCAGGGGGCAGGAUGGGCUGCAGCCUUCCCGGGAGGCUGGCCGCGCUCUGGUCACCUCCCCGCAGCCUCUGGCUUCACGUGCCAAACACCCCAACCUCCCCGAGGGGCUGGUUUGGCCGCGGCCCCCAACCCGGCCCAGCUGGGCCCGGCUCCUCCGUCGGGCCCGUUGGGGCGGCAUGGGGGAGGGCGGUGGCGGGAUAAGUCCGGUCUCUCCUUUAAAUUAUUGGAGAUGGUGCCUAGCUGCCUGGGCGCCUAGCCCCUGGUGGGGUAAGGGUCCGAGACCCUUCUUGGCUAGUUGUUACUAACAGUAUUUCCCUGGAGUUGUUUCUUAGGAAGUCGAGGUGCGGGGUGGGUGGGAAUUACUAUCACCAUCCCCCUCCCCCAACCCUGAGCCCAGGGAACCAUGUGGAACACCUGGUCUCGACUGUACCAAUCUUGUACUUUAACAGUCUGGCCCCGUGGUCCUGUG